AGAAACUCUUGAACUUCAAUUCACCAUUUCUUUUACACGGUCAUUCCCCAGAUGAAAAAUUUAGGGUUUGGCUGGUGAAGCAAUGUUGGGCGCCAGGUUUUCUCUGUUCGGUAGUGGCGGUGGCGGAGGCGGAUCGUACAAGCCGGUGGAUAAUUCCCGAGACAGCGAAGUCUUGCCGAGGCUAAAACUACAAACAGAUAAAGAUGUGUACAGGCCUGGCGACUCCCUUUACAUUACGAUCGAGAUCUGCAAUCCUCUCAGUGACGAUGCUUCUCUCUCUUCGUUAUUGAUUGAAAGCCUUGCAUUUGAAAUCAAAGGGAUUGAGAAGUUGGAUAGUCAGUGGUUCGCUACUCAGAAGCCACUUCCCGGAUCCAAACAGAGAAGAGGUGAACAUGUUUUCUUGGACAGUUCAGCUUCGUCAUUGAUUUCAAAUCAGAUUGUGUCAUCUGGUGCCACAAAAUCAUAUGUUGUCCGGACUGAGUUGCCAAGCAUUAUACCACCCUCUUACCGAGGUACGACCAUUCGCUACAUGUACUAUGUUAAGAGUUCGCUAUCCGGACGGUGGCUGAUACUGGAAAACGGGAACACUCAUAGAGAGUCAAUAAAAGAUGUUACUGAAGUGGAAGCUCGUAUACCAUUACAAAUUUGGGUCACUCAGAAAAACAAUGGCUUGCUAAUGGAAGAAGGUCAACUUGAAGGAAUUGUUCCUGUUACAACCAUCCAAAUGGAUAUAUAUUGGAAAGAGAUGGAUGGAGACUCUGAAUGGGCUAGAGCAAAUGAGAUAUAUGAUGGAGUUGAGGAAGGGUAUGCAAGCUCCAGGGAUGAGAUCUCUUCUGUUUCUUCCUACAACCCCAGUAAAGAAAGCAUGCUUAAAACUUUUGGAAGUUCAUUGUCUUUGCAAUCAUCUACUGCAAGAUCUUCGACCAAGGAUAUUCCAAAUCUGGAUGGAGAACGUCCAAGCUUAUCUUCAAAUGCAGCACUUCCUCGGCUAUCAGCAGCAGAGGUGUUGUAUGACUCUAGUGCAGAUAUCGUGUCAUCAAGUGAACAGCAGAAGCUUACAGAACCCCUAUCUGCUGAUGAUAUCUCAGGAUUAUCACCUUCACCUCGAUUACGAGCCAUUGAACCUGCAGCAUCAGAAGGCUUUAUUCGAGGAAGGUCUUAUAACAUCAGGAUGGAUGACCAAGUUGUGCUAAGAUUUUCUCCAAAGAACUCGGAUUCAACUUAUUACUUCAGUGAUAUGAUAGGUGGAACUCUUACUUUCUUUCAUGAAGGAGCUCGGAGAUGCCUUGAGGUUUCAAUAACAUUGGAAACUUCAGAGACCAUAAGCCGGCGUUUUGUUCAUCCUUCUCGAAGAAACUCACCAACAAUUACGAAGAUUCAGAGUGAUCACCAUGAGGUUGUUGCAGACUUGGUGCAGACAAGCUUUCUUUUUUCUAUUCCCAUGGAUGGGCCCAUGUCCUUUUCCACUCCUCACGUCUCUGUGCAGUGGGUUCUACGAUUUGAAUUUCUUACAACUCCAAAGCAUGUAAACUGGUCCAGAUAUGAGCAUCCUCUUCUUAUAGAAGGUAGAGACAAAAGUGAGUGGAUUCUUCCUAUAACGGUGCAUGCACCUCCCCCCGGGGCUGCAGCUGCUUACAAGAAGCCUUUCUCUUUGGAACCUUUGUGGGUGCGCACUUGAAGAUGUUUUAGAGCAAGCUGCAAGGGUGAAACAGAGAGAACAAUACUGGUGCUAUUUCUGAGGUACAUCGUACAUACGGUCUAUACAGUGAGGAACUAUAAGGAGUUAGCAGUAAUUUGGGUUUAUGUUGCCAUGCGUAUGAAUGCGACAUGCAUUAAAAACAGCACUCUUUUGCUCGGGAUAUGCAUCAUCCUAAUGGCAUAUUCGAAUGUGCUUGUGAGGAUUAGUGGAAUUUGCUAAUUUCUCAUAGUUGUAAAAUAUGACCUCGUAAAUUUCAAUUUAUGAGUUUAUAUUUUUUUUUUUUAUUUGAA